AUGGUGUCUUUGAUCCGUCGCUCGUCUCGCCUCCUCUACGCUGGAACAGGAAAACGCGCCUUCAUUGACGAUGUGAGAAUUUUCCUGCCUUUCCACUGGCCACGCGACAACCUACCGGAGCAGGCUCUCCAAUGCGCCGGGGAAUCGGAUCUCGGUCACCAUGCGGUUACCAUAGUACCCGGACGCAAGAUUGCGGAUACAAGUAGUGUAUGCGGUGACGGUCAGGAUGUUGAGCUACAGGAGGUUGAACAUGCGAGUGGAAACCAUUCGUUGGAGAGGCAGAUUCUUCGUGUGCCACUCUCACUGGUGACCAGCUGCAACCCACACUGCGAUUCAGAGCGCACCUUCCUGGCUGGUCUAGCCAAGCUACGCUGGGGAUUGCCAGUGAGCAGCUCAAGACCUCCCGUGAAUGGAGGAUCUGCUACAAACAUCCUGAGUCCCAUUGCAAAUGACAUCAUCCAGGACAACGAUCCACUGGUCGAGAAUGAAGAGACUGAGUCAUCUCUGGCUAAUAGCGCCAAUGAAGAAGGACCAGUUUUCCCGUUCAGCAAUCAUCCUGACCUGGACGCUCUGAUCAACACCACAUCGAAGCCUCAGGGAACCUUUCGUCCACGUACCACAAUCAGGGUGCUUCGGGAAUGCUUUGGAGAGGCCACUACAUUUCUGGUUGACACAUCCCUGAAUGUGACGGACGCUUUCCUUGUGGCAGCAGGCAAUGUCAUGAGGGAGUUUGUCACAACAUCAUCACCCACCACUGCCGGCAGUAUUGCAGUGAUGACGUAUGGAGCAGCUCGCAGUUACUCUGGCCAGGCGCAAAUGAUCUUCAACAACGAACCCAGGACUUCGAAGGGCAAGCGGCCCCUGAGAAGGCGUAUCAAAAGUAUCGCACGAAGGCCAUCGACCUCUGAUGCUCCUGAUUUGUCCAGUGCAAUCAGGCUGACUGACCAACUGCAAAGCAAGUCACAAAUUUGGCACGACAUCAUAGUGAUGAAUCCAAACGGUAUCAGAUAUAUCACACCAUCUGGACAUACAUAUCAAAACCUGGAAUUGCCGUUCCCCUCUUCUUCUCAAGCAUCUCCAUGUUCCAUCGAGAGCACCACCGAGUCUUCAAGGGAUUGCCUGGCCUAUCUUCGUGGCAAUCUCUUCACUCACUACUUGUGGAAGCCGAGAAGUAUCUUCGAAGGCAUGGUGCACACACAACGUCAGCACUACAUGAUGCUUCCUGCCCAAUGGCCCAGGCAUACUCAAACAUGCGCAGGAUCUCUGAGCAACAGCACCAACGACUCAACUAUCUCAUGGUGCCUCAUGACGAAUAUACAUACAAAUCUCCAGCGAUCCAAGUGGCUGCAUGGAGUCGGGAAUUCUGGGCAGAAUUUCACCCUAACUAUACACAGGGAAACGGGAUCAAGUCCAGCGGAUUCUUCAAACUUCAAACGAGUAUCCAGCAGUCUAGUAGCGAAUAUGAAGGUGACACCAUCAGGAUCUACAUGUACCAAGUAG